AAGAAGAUGAUGGUGAUGGUGUAGAAGAACCUCAAAAUGAGCUGGAAUUAUUUGAUACUGAGGCAGAAGUAACUGAGAAAAGACCUCCACAAAAGAGAGCUUCUUCGGCAUUGUUCAAGGCUAUCAUGGCUGCUCCAGGUUUGUCUGUUCAAAGUGCUUUGGAUAAGUGGGUUGAGGAGGGAAAUGACUUGAAUCGACCUGAGAUAGCCUUGGCCAUGCUCAACCUUCGGAAACGUCGGAUGUAUGGGAGGGCCUUGCAGUAAUUUAGUGGCCAACAACUUCACAAUGGAAAGUUCAAACAACAGCAUGCUGAGACGACUCGUAGAGGAAAGAAGAGCUUGCCAAGAAACCAAACAUGACAUGCUUGGUCUCCUAAUGAAUGGGGGUGAAGAAAACAGAUAUAAUCUAACAGAUGAAGAGAUAAUUGAUCAAAUGAUAGCAAUUUUGUAUUCUGGAUACGAGACUGUAUUCACUCAAAAAACUUACUAUAUAAGAUUUCUAUUGGAAAUUUAGUCCUCUUAUAUAUAACAUAUUUUGACUGAUAGCAAUUUUGUGGCUUUGUAUACAAAGUAGUAAUUAAUUUUUUGGUAGAGAAUUGUGAAUACAAUUUUUCGAUAUGUUAUUUUGGGGGUAAUAUUAAAAU